GUGUUACAUUUUGUAAUGCUUUUAUUUUAUAGUUCCACCAAAUAUAGGAAAAUCAUAAGAUCAUAUUUAGUGUUUGUGUAAAUCUGUAUAAUCAGCAUGGCAAGUGGGGCAAUGAAUGGGAACACAGCUCAGCAGAGGCAUGCACAAAGACAGGGGCCUAUACGUAUUCUAAACCAUUUCCGAGGAUUUUCCGAUGCAUUAAAUGAUGUAACACCUCACCACCAGCGAGUUACCAUAGACAAAAAAUAUAUCGAAAAAUCAUCAAAACUAAUGGAUAAAGUUGCUAAAUUUUGCCAGCAAUCCAAGAUGAAUUUAAAGAACAGCCCGCCUUAUAUAUUGGAUAUAUUACCGGAUACAUACAAUCACCUUAGACUUAUAAUGCUAAGAUAUGAAGACAGACUGCAAGUGUUGAACGAAUGCGAAUACUUUCGAAUUUUUCUUGAUAAUUUGAUAAAGAAAUGCAAAGAGGCCAUUAAGUUAUUCCGUGAGGGCAGGGAACGAAUGUUUGAUGAGAAUUCCCAACAACGAAGAAGUCUUACCAAACUAUCCCUCGUAUUUAGCCACAUGUUAGCUGAACUAAAAGCUGAGUUUCCCGAUGGUCGAUUUAUUGGGGAGGAUUAUAGAAUCACUAAAUCUGAAGCUGCUAAUUUUUGGAAAACAACGUUUGGAACAAGAACUAUUGUCCAGUGGAAAAUAUUCCGUCAAGAAUUAAACAAAGUUCACCCCAUUUCAUCUGGCCUUGAAUGCAUUGCGUUGAAAUCCACUAUAGACCUUGUGUGUAACAACUACAUAUCCAACUUUGAGUUUGACGUGUUCACAAGGCUUUUCCAGCCGUGGUCAAACCUACUAAAGAACUGGAACAUGCUUGCAGUCACACACCCAGGGUACAUGGCGUUUCUAACUUAUGAUGAGGUGAAAGCACGUCUGCUUAAGUACAUCCACAAACCUGGAAGUUACAUCUUCCGAUUGAGUUGUACAAGGUUGGGACAAUGGGCGGUUGGUUAUGUCACAAUGGAUGGUCAAAUACUUCAAACUAUUCCUCAAAACAAAUCUUUGUGUCAAGCAUUAAUUGAUGGCUGGAAAGAGGGGUUUUAUUUGUUCCCUGAUGGUCGACAAGUGAAUCCUGACCUCUCUGGACUCCUGGAGCAAUCAGAGGAUGAUGAAGAGCACAUAACAGUGAGCCAGGAACAAUAUGAGCUUUACUGUGAGAUGGGAUCCACCUUUCAACUUUGUAAGAUAUGUGCCGAGAACAAUAAAGAUGUGAGAAUCGAACCCUGUGGUCACCUCAUCUGUAAAUCGUGCCUCGAAUCAUGGCAGGAAAUGGAUAACUCAGCUUCACCUACUUGUCCGUGGUGUCGAUGUGAAAUUAAAGGCACAGAGACCGUGAUUAUUGAACCGUAUGAAUCAGAGAAGAAAGAAGAAGAAGAAGCAACUGGAGAUAAAACAUGUAAAAAAGAGAAAGAAGAAGAGAAAAAGGAAGAGAACAAAGAAGAAGAAGAUUUGUUCGGAGAAAUUGGGGUUUCUGUUAAUAAGUUACCAACCCCUACCCCUGAUGCAUCCCGUCACCCCCCUUCACCCAACAUGCCCCGUAGACAACCCCCACAACCCCAACCUUCACCCAGCCUACCUACAACUACAGCACUUAGCCUACCUAAUGAUGUGGCAAUCAAAGGAGCGAGUCCAAUAAUUCCCCCGCGACCAUUAUCACAAUCCCCAUUACUUACUGACCGUGCUACAAGAAGUCUAGAAUGGAACGCACAAUCAUACGCUGCAAUGAGUGGAAAGUCAUUGACAAUGGAAUCUAAGAACGGGUUUGCUAAACAGGUUCAGAAACGAGAAUUUUCACCAUCACAAAAUAGAAGGAGACCCGUCAGUAACGUGUUUGAUGGAGUUCCUUCUCGUGAUCGAAGGUUACCAAUGAUGGCGGGUGGACACAGGAGUCGGGACCACAGCCCUCAAUCUACCUCGGGGUCAUAUGAGGCACCCGAAACCCAUGUACCCCCUCUAUCAACCGAUGUUUACGACUUUGCUGAAGAUCCUCUCUCUCCAGCGCCCCCAGUGGUCAGUCGACCACCACUACCGAACAGUGUUGCCGGUAAUCGAACUGGAAACACUGAGGAUAGCGAACCAAGUGCUCGACGUCGCGUACCAAGCGAUUAUGACUGGAUAAUGCCGAGACCAAAGACCGAUGCCACGCCCCCAACCAACCUUGCGCUCUCAUUGGCCGAUACCUCACAUCCCAUUAUUACAUCAGACACUGCCCCGAUUAUCCCACCCCGCCCCUCACCCUCCCACCCAUCACCCCUGUUCGCCACUGCCCACGCAGCCCCAGCACGACCCACAAAUAAAUGGGGAAUCACCCCAGACCCCAACCCUUGCCCCGAAAUCCCACCAAGAGGGGGUAAAGCAACCCCAGAACCGGUUUCCGACCCUUUAUCCCUUGUACCCCCACCUAGGCCCCCUAAAACCACCACAGCACCUCCAAUUCCACAACGUACACUACCCCAACCCCACAAGACAAGCGCCUUCCGACCCCCCAUCUCAGCAUGUUGACUUAGAUUGCGAAAUAGCUCGGCUUAUGGAGCUCGGUUAUUCAUUUGACGACGUCAACCGUGCGCUGUCGAUUGCCAACAACAACUCGGCGGUCGCCGCACAAAUUCUUCGCAGCUUUGUCUCCACUUUCACUUGACCAACCACACAGACAUCAUAUAAAACAUGGCAAGCGAGACAAGAACUUAACACUCGAUGGAGCAAAUCUCUCGGAUAUUUCUCAGGAGUCUGUAUCUGCACUCACAUGACGUCGCGAGAGCUUCUUAUCAAGUUAGGGUAUUCCCCCAAACCGAACCUUCCAAGCUUAAAAUGUUAUUUCCAUGAGCUAUUAGUCGUGUACAGCGUGGGAUAGACACACCAUUUCUUCAAAAUAUCAGCCUAAUCGCUUACAUUGGCCACCAAGUGUACAAUACGCUGUACAGGACGUUUUCACUUGUGUAUCAAUUCUUAUGUCAUAACAACAAAACGAUUUUAGUUAAUCAGCAAAAAUUUCCAUGUUUUUUUUGUUAAACUUCAAAAUAUGGGUUUAGUAUUUUAUUUUAAAGCUUUCAAAUUCAACCACAAAAAGUUAACUUCAAAUUAAUAAAUUUACUUUAAUUAUUAGUUUAACAUUAAUUUGUGUCUCACAGAAGAGAUUGGCAUUAUUAAAUUUUCAUAAAUUUUACAUGAUUUUAAAAAUAAAGUCAUUGUCAUAAUUAUAUCAGUACAAAUCAAGCGAUUAAUAUACAUUUCAUUAAUAAUCGAUUGAUAUCAUUUUAUUUGUUUUUGUAAUAUUUCUCGUAUCUUAAAUAGAUGUUUUGUAAGCGUUGCAUAUUCCUAAAGACAGAUCUAAAAAAACAUUUGAAACUUAAAAUGUUUUUUUUAAUUGUCUCAACUUGUUAUUACUUGUUACUUUGUGACUUUUUGUGCAAUAUAUAUGAUUUCUAUUUCCUUUCCUGCAGUUCUCUUAUCUCCUAAUGUAUAUUACGCAGGAAAUCUCCAUCUUUUUAAGCAUGGUUGUAUUUUAUCUGAUCAUGAAUAACUUUUUUUUCACGAAACUUUACAUUUUUCACAAGCUUUCAUGAUCAUGAUACUAGUCCAAAAGUCAUGAGCAACUUCAUAAAAGUCAUGAAUUAUUGGGGACUUUCCUAUACUUUUCAUGAGCCAUGAAACUCGUGAUAUUUUUCACAAAUCAUGUAUGAUAGUGACAUUUAAACAGCAAUUGUACUCGGGUCCAGGUUCAUGGUUUUUCUUCAUUAUUUUCCGUCCCGAUAUUUUUGUGAGUCCUGGUGCCUUCUAUCAAUAACAUUCAAGUUUACUCUCGUAAUAA